GGGGCAGCACGGGGGGGAGACGGCAGUGGGAGCCGAGCGGGAGAGGAGGAAACAGCAGCAGCGAUGGGUGGAGGAGACCUGAAUCUGAAGAAAAGCUGGCACCCUCAGACUCUGAAAAACGUUGAGCGGGUGUGGAAAGCAGAACAGAAACAUGAAGCGGAGAAGAAGAAGAUUGAGGAGCUCCAGCGCGAGCUUCGAGAGGAGCGAGCGCGUGAGGAGAUGCAGCGGUUCGCAGAAGACGCGGGCGUUGUGAAAAAGAAAUCUGAUCGGCUUGACUGGAUGUACCAAGGCCUUGGCAGUAUGGUCAACAAGGAGGAAUACCUGCUGGGCAGACCUAUUGAUAAGUACGCCACCGAUAAGAUGGUGGACGAGGAGUCUGGUCCUUCCUCUGAUACUGGCCUGCUGCCUGGCUCCAUCUUUUCAAGCACGGGAGCCAACUCUGCCCUGGACAUGGCUUCCAAAAUACGAGAAGAUCCUCUGUUCGUGAUCAGGAAGCGAGAGGAAGAGAAAAAGAGAGAGGUUUUGACGAAUCCCAUGAAAAUGAAGAAAAUCCGAGAAAUACUGCAAAUGAACCUGGUUAAAAAUGAGAGAAAGAAACAUAAAGAUAAGAAGAAAAAGAAAAAACACAAGAAAAACCGACACUCCAGUGAGAGUCCCUCUAGCGAUUCUCAGCAGCGGAAACCAAGAAAGCAUGAAAGACCUGCAAGUCCCUCGCCCAUCUCCGUUCGACAGAAAGUACCUGGAUAUGGCUUAAAGAUCAGAGAUUCACACAGUGAUAAACAAAGACCUAUCUCCCCACCACCCGACCAACCAAAAGCAUCUCAUAGUAAGCGAGGCAGGUCACGUUCCCGAUCUCCACCACCACAGCAUCACAGGGAUUUGCGCCGUGAAAACCCACAUCAAAGAACGUCAGCAUCAACCUCUCCGUCACCUCCGAGACGCUCAAAAGUGCAUUCACAGGAGUCUGACAAGAGACGACACGGGCGGGCAAGGAGUCCAUCCCCAAAACGAGGAGGAGGAGAAGGAGGAAGGUACCAGAGAAGGCCUCACUCUGAUCACCCCAGGAAGUUCCCAGCAGAGGAGCUCGAGCAAAGGCGACUGGAGAUGAUGGAGAACGCAAGAUGGCGGGAUGAAACCCGCCAGCAGAACAUCAAACGCUACAAGCAGGAGGAAGAGAGGGAGAAAGAACUGGAGAAAAAGGACAAUGGAGAAGGCAAAUUCUUGCACAAAAUGAAACUUCAAAGUGCUGCCACCUCCUCGCUUGAAGAUCGUGUGAAACGCAACGUCCAUUCCAUCCAGCGGACAUCGGCAGCGCUGGAGAAAAACUUCAUGAAGAGAUGAGGAUGGGGUGGGGUGGGAGGUGGGGGAAGGUGGGGGUUGAGAGGGGGGCCUGGGGAGAGGGUGGGCUUAUCAAUGACGUGAACUGGAGAAGCGAGCGCUGAGAAUAUUGGCCGAUGACCACAAAUCAGUGCCUUGAUGUUCCGAUGAAAGGUGCUUGUGGUGCCUUUCUCUGUAAGGAGAAUCAAAAAGAAAACCAGUGGACGCGGGUGGGGCUGUUAUAUGUCUCGGGGUAAUUUGACUCUAAGACUUGGCAUUCAGGCUACAAUGAUUUUCUCUGGUCCACAAAUGCUGUUGAGCUGGCAAUCGAGGAGCCUUGCAAAUGAGGUUCCCUUUUCCUUUUUUGGAGAAAACUUUCCCUUUCUGCCCCUCAUUUCUCCCCUCCCUUCCCCUCGCCCCCAUACGCACACACCCCGAGGCUGCUGCAGCGCUGUGAGUAACGUUAACUGGGACUGGGUGGUGAGGUUUGGAGUGCGGGUGUGUCUGUAGUGAUUGAAACAAAGGAGAAAUUGCCCAAAAGGAAAUGCCCACCUAGUAACCUCUUGAGUGAACUGCAAGAAUUGGGAGGGGCAAUGUGAACUGUUUCCAACAUAAAUUGGGUCAGGAGGGUCAGAAUUUUAUUCUGGUCACUUGGGUAUCUGUGCACGAGUGGAAACUCAUCACCGUGCCAAAGAGUAUGAGUAGCUGAACCAGAACGAGGGUUCCACAUAUGUGUGUCACUUGAACAUGGAAAUCACCCCAUGUCUGGAAUAGAAUGUGCACUCUCUCUCUCUCCCGUGGAGGGACUCACACCAUGCUCACCUAAAUCCGGGGAGUAUUAUGCAUAGGCAUCAGAGAGUAAUCCAUCCCAGCAGCUUCUAUGCAGUUUGUGCUUUUACAGAUGUGCUUUUUAUAGACCUGUCUGGGUUUCGAGCUUACUGUACAAUUUACAAUUAUAUAGUCCCUUUCAUGUCGGGGAGGACUUCUCAAAGCUCUUGCUCUCUUGUGACGGGAAGAAUUGUGCUCCUUUUGAAUAAGGCUUUCUGUUCAGAAGGCAGCAGCAGAUAAACAUGACCCGAUUAUUUAGAGGACGGCCCGAACCUGGAAGUGUUACAAUUCUCAUUUCAGCAGAACAGAGAUCAUGAAUCGUGAGAACAUAAAUGAGCAAUUUAAUAUUGUAAAAACUUCCAAAAUUCAGUCGCAGACGAACCCUGGUCUCCAGUGAGAGUUGAUGUAUAUAAACGUACAAGGUGUGAAACUCAUUUGCCAUUUUGCUUUGCCUCCCAUCGUAUCUCGACCGAGGACAGGCAGACAGCCCCUCACUCCUCUUCCCCUCCCCGGCGGCAUUUCCAGUGCUCUAUCUGAAGAGUCUUUGUUUGGUUUUGUUCCCUGCCUCCUCCCCCCACGGAGAAAGGCUUCCACUCGGCCUGACAUUGAAGAAUUGUAGCCACAAACUGGUACCUGCACUCGCUCAGCAGAGAACUUAAAUCUACCAGUGACGCACCCCACCACCACACACACACACACACACAUGUAGCAGAAAGACAGGACCUCAUUUACUCAGGGCACCUCAAUGACAGGAGACUCAAGAUUUCCAGCAGUUAUCGCACCACAAAGUGACCAGAAAGACAAAUGCUCUGUUACAGUAACCAGUCCACGUUACAAAUAAUGAUUGCUUGUAUUUGGGUAUUGAGGCACUGUGCUGUUUGUACAAAUUCCUGUCCACUGUACAGCAGGAACUUGUGGGGUUUAGGAUAUAUUUGUGUAAUUUUUCUUAUUCAGGCUGGUUUGUAAUACUAUAAAAGCGCGACUGCAAAGGGGGCAAGUUUUAAUCAACAUUCAAAAUUCUUUUACUUUUGUGACUUUUUUGUAAAUUUGAAUCCCAGUAAAGCUCUUUCCACA